AACUAUGAAAGAGAAAAAGAUGAGAGUUUAAGAAAAGAAAAACCCAGAUUUGGUGUCACACCACUCACCACCACACCACCAUGUCAAAAAAGUUAAAAGAAAAAAAAUAAAAGAAAAUAAAAACUUAAUUUCUUUCUUUUUCAUUUUGCCUUUUCAAAAAUUGGUUCAUAAGAAACCAUAACUAUUUAACGUCCAUUAGUUAUAACAUUACUAUAUAUAGCAAUAUAGAUGAGAGACAAACACAAAGAGAACAAACAAAGAAAGUCAUUACCUUGUCAAAAUCCUUGACACCAACGUUGUCUUCGGACUCAUUGUUCUUAUUGGUGUUUUUCUUGUAUACCCUUUUUACAAAAUCUUGUGAAAUUCUUGUUAGAAUCAUUUUCUUAUUAAAAUCCUUAUACCCUUUGGUGAAAAGAUUGUUUUUUUGUUUCUGGGAGGUCUUAAAGGACCAAUCUUUAUUUGAUGUUAUGGAACAGAAACAUGUUCUUUUGUCAGCAUUGAGUGUUGGGGUUGGAUUAGGUGUUGGACUUGGAUUAAGUUCAGGACAAACUGUUCAGAAAUGGGUUGGAGGGAAUCGCGAUUUCGACGAGGUUUCUGGUGAGCAGAUUGUUGAAGAACUUAAGAGACUUUUGGUUGAUGGAAAAGAUAGCAAAGUUACAUUUGAUGAGUUUCCUUAUUACUUAAGCGAAAGAACUCGAGUUUUGUUGACAAGUGCUGCAUAUGUUCAUUUAAAACAUCUUAACUUUUCCAAGCACACCAGAAAUCUCUCACCAGCAAGCAGGGCUAUUUUACUCUCUGGUCCUGCAGAACUUUAUCAGCAAAUGCUUGCCAAAGCUUUAGCUCAUUACUUUGAAUCGAAGUUGCUAUUGUUAGAUAUUACUGAUUUCUCUCUUAAGUUGCAGAGCAGAUUUGGAUGUGCAAGAAAAGUACCGUCUUUGAGAAGGUCAAUAUCCGAGAUGACUGUGGAGAGAAUGUCAGGUUUAUUUGGUUCGUUUUCAAUGAUGUCUUCCACCGGCGAAGCUAGAGGAACUCUGCGUCAACAAACCGUUGAUAGUUCGAAUAAUCCUCCGUGUCUUCGGAGGAAUGCUUCUGCUGCGUCAGAUCUAAGUAGCACUUCUUCCCAAAGUGGUUCAAUAAAUCCAGCUCCUUUAAGACGAACAAGUAGCUUGUGUUUUGAUGAAAAGCUCUUUGUGCAAUCACUUUACAAGGUUUUGGUUUCUAUCUCAGGAACCGAUUCUAUCAUUUUAUACAUAAGGGAUGUUGAGAAGCUUGUUCUCAGAUCACCAAGGUUAUUUAAUUUACUACAAAAAAUGAUAAAGAAAAUAUCAGGCUCGGUAUUGAUACUCGGUUCCCAGAUAUUAUUAGAUUUAGAAGGUGAUUGCAAAGAAUUAGACGAAAGGAUCGCUAGGUUAUUCCCUUAUAACAUUCAGAUCAAAGCUCCUGAAGAUGAAACUCAUCUCGGUAGUUGGAAAUGCCAACUCGAAGAAGACAUGAAAAUCAUUCAGUUUCAAGAUACUCGAAACCACAUUGCUGAAGUACUUGCAGAAAACGACAUUGACUGCGACGACUUGAAUUCAAUAUGCCAUGCAGACACUAUGAUACUUAGUAAUCAUAUUGAAGAAAUUGUUAUAUCCGCUAUUUCUUACCAUUUGAUGAAUACCAAAGUACCUGAAUACCGAAACGGAAAGCUAGUUAUCUCGGCAAAUAGUUUGUCCCAGGGAUUGAGUCUGUUCCAAGAAGGAAAGAAUAGCGGAAAUCUGAAAACUAAUGAUUCGAAUAAGGAAAAUGUUGUUGAAGAUAUUGCCGGUGCGAAGAAUGAUGUGCGGAGUGACAACCAAGCACCUGAAAACAAAAAUGAUACAUCCAUUCCUGUAACGAAAAAAGAAGGCGAAAAUUCUACGCCUGCAAAAGUGGAAGUUCCUGACAACGAGUUCGAAAAGCGAAUUAGACCAGAGGUUAUCCCUGCAAAUGAGAUAGGUGUUACAUUCGCAGAUAUCGGUGCAUUGGAUGAGAUAAAAGAAUCACUUCAAGAGCUGGUAAUGCUUCCCCUUAGAAGACCUGACCUUUUCAAAGGUGGACUUCUAAAGCCAUGUAGAGGCAUACUUCUUUUCGGACCUCCCGGCACCGGAAAAACAAUGCUAGCAAAAGCGAUUGCGAACGAGGCAGGAGCAAGUUUUAUCAACGUUUCAAUGUCCACCAUCACUUCCAAAUGGUUCGGAGAAGACGAGAAGAAUGUUCGAGCUUUGUUCACACUAGCAGCUAAGGUUGCUCCGACGAUUAUAUUUGUGGAUGAAGUUGACAGCAUGCUCGGUCAGCGUACUCGAGUUGGAGAACACGAGGCCAUGAGGAAGAUUAAAAAUGAAUUCAUGACACAUUGGGAUGGACUAUUAUCAGGACCUAAUGAACAGAUUCUCGUUCUUGCUGCUACAAACAGACCAUUCGAUCUCGAUGAAGCAAUUAUAAGACGAUUCGAGCGCAGGAUCAUGGUUAGUCUACCAUCUGUUGAGAACAGGGAAAUGAUCCUUAAAACUCUUCUGUCGAAGGAAAAACACGAAAACUUAGACUUCAAAGAACUUGCAAUCAUGACAGAAGGAUUUAGUGGAAGUGAUCUUAAGAAUUUGUGCAUCACUGCAGCUUAUCGACCUGUUAGGGAGUUAAUACAGCAGGAGCGAAAUAAGGAAAUGGAAAAGAAGAAAAAAGAGGCCGAAAGUGUCAGCUCAGAUGAUGCUUCAAAUAAUAAUGAUAACGAAGAACGAGAAAUUACCUUGAGGUCUUUAAACAUGGAAGACAUGAAACAAGCUAAGAAUCAGGUUGCUGCGAGUUUUGCGUCAGAAGGAUCGGUAAUGGCCGAGCUAAAACAAUGGAAUGAAUUGUAUGGAGAAGGAGGAUCAAGGAAGAAACAACAACUCACAUACUUCCUUUAAGAGUGUGAAAUUUUAAUUUCAUUUUCGGAUUUGUCGCAUUCAUCCAAAAGGGUAUAUUUUAACCAAAGAUCUUGAAUAAAAAACAUGCCCUUCAAGUGUUUCAAAGAUAUUAAAGCAAAGAGAUCUUAUCAUUUCAAAAUGAACACAAGUGAAGGCAUAUAUUUAUAUAUACUCCAAAGAAUGUGUAGAUCAUUAUGCAUUCAUGUUUAGGAGAGAGCUCUCUCAGAUUAUUUUUUUUGCAUUGUUUACAAACCAAUUGCCACUUGUAUUAGAAGAUUAUUAGUAUUCUGUCAUGUGAGGUUUUGGAAGAUUUAAUUGCUUUUUAGGAAGUAGGAAUAUUUAUACCAAAACUUUUAGCUUGUUGUAUUAUAUAUUGAUCAGUAUUUUCAGACAGUAGAAAAUUUUGUACAUUGAUUUGUGUCGGUGAAGUGGUUACAGUUUGGUUCGAUUA